CCAAAAUUUAUUAAAUAUCUAAAUGCAAAGACACUUGGAACUGCCUUGUAAAUUUUCCAUUUUCGCCAAUAGCGCCAUCUAUAAACAAGAUUUUGUGUGUUGUGUUUGCGUAUGUUGUAUUUGUAUUAUGUUUUGUGUGCAGUGUGUGUAUGUAUAUAUGUAUAUAUAUAUUAUAUUAUAUGUGUGCGACUGAGUCGUGACUUGUGUGUGUUGUCCCUACAGGAGUGUGAUGACACUUCGGAAAACAAAAAAAAAACCAACAAAAAUGGCCCUUAAUUAUUUCUGACGAUCGUAGUGUUCAAUUCGGUUAUUGCGUGUUCGCUUGAAAUGUCGAUUUAGAACGUCAACCGUGUCGCCUGUCGGUACUCUUAAAGUUGUUCAGUCUAUAAGCAAUAAAUCCUAUCAGAAGGAAUACAUUUUGUGUCGGCAAUUUACUUGACGACGAUCAAUUAUAUUAUAUUUUGUCGAUUUGAACAACUUCUGUUUCUAGACGCUGCCGCAGUCAAGAUGAUGGACUCGCCGACAACACCACCGGGUUACAUGUCUGAGGAUGGUGACAACAAUGAAUCUCACAGCAUGAGCCCUAAUCCUGCGGUUAUGGGAGUACUCGACACGCAACCUGUUCUCUACUGUGAACCAGUAUUUUGGUGUUCAAUUAGUUACUAUGAACUUAAUACUAGAGUGGGUGAAACAUUUCACGCAUCGCAGCCAUCUAUAUCAGUAGAUGGUUUUACAGAUCCCAGUAAUUCUGAAAGGUUCUGUUUGGGCCUAUUAUCUAACGUCAAUAGAACGACUGUAGUUGAACAGAUAAGACGACAUAUUGGAAAAGGUGUACGACUGUAUUAUAUUGGUGGCGAAGUAUUUGCUGAAUGUCUUAGUGACUCAAGUAUUUUUGUGCAAUCACCGAAUUGUAACCAGAGAUAUGGGUGGCAUCCAGCUACUGUUUGUAAAAUACCUCCAGGUUGUAAUUUGAAAAUAUUUAACAACCAAGAAUUUGCUUCUCUUCUUUCACAAUCUGUAAGCCAAGGAUUUGAAGCAGUCUACCAGCUAACUCGAAUGUGCACUAUACGUAUGUCUUUCGUUAAAGGAUGGGGUGCCGAAUAUAGACGUCAGACAGUUACAUCCACACCUUGUUGGAUUGAGCUGCAUCUAAAUGGACCUUUACAGUGGUUGGACAGGGUUCUUACUCAAAUGGGCUCGCCGCGCUUGACAUGUAGUUCUAUGUCGUGAUUUUACCUUGUGAAACUAUACCACCUUUUAUUUUCUCUUUAACUGUAAAUAACCCUUGGAAUGGCUGUCUAGUAUAAGAUCGUGAAUUUGAAGUUGUUUUAUAACUUAAUCGACUAAUGUAAAACGGAGUAGGUGGUUUGUUUUGAAAAGUAAUAAGAUAAUGAAUUAAAUAUUAAUUUUUGCCUACCGAAAAUGUUAGUGAUAUAUAAGUAGAAUUUAUAUUGGUAAAUUAUAAUAUCUAAAGUUAAGAUAAAAUUAUUAUUAUUAUUAUUAUUGAUUUUUUUUUCUAUGUUAUAGGUACAAAUUCUAAGUAACAUGACCUUUUUUAUUUCAGGUAUAUUUAUAAUAGUGUUAUGUUUUAAGCUUUUAUUAUAUAGAUUUGUUCAGUUUGGAUAAAUUUGUUUAGUUAGUGUUUUCUAAAUUUAAUUUAAUAACUAAUGAAAUUAACAGAUUACUUAAAUGUAAUGACAAGCAUUUCUUUUUAUCAGUAACAUGUUAUUAGAUCACUUAGUGCUUGCACCUGGUGCAAUAUUUGUUUAACUUACUGAUUAGCAACUAAGAGUGCAGUCAUAUAAAUAUGUUUGUAGAUUAAGUUAGUCAUUUGAAUUUAUAUUUUUGUUUAAUUAAAAAUAAAAAUAUGUUGUAAAAUAUCA